UUUUUCUGUUGCAAACAAAAUCGCCUCUCUUUCUUUCGUUCUCCUCUCUCUCUCUCCCUGCUGCCUCCGAGACGAACACCGAAGAAGGCGACGGAGCAAAACACAAUAAAAUAAAAAAAAGAUCUAAAUAAAAAGACGACGCAGGGAUACCCUAGGCCGCGGCGGCGGCCGUGAUCUCCGGCGCCGCAGCGACGUCUUCCGCGUUUUACCUGGGAAUCUGGUGGGGGCGAUCGCUAUCCGCGCUGAUGUGAGAUGAUGGGCUGCGGGAGGCGGAGAGAGGCGGCGGCGGGCCACGAGGAGGGGGAGCUCGACCUCGAGGAGGGCGAGGCCUUGGGCGGCGCCGCCCGGGGCACGGCCCACGACGAGCUCCUUGAUCCCGACUCGCUCACCUACAUCGAUGAAAAACUUCACAAUUUGUUGGGUCAUUUCCAGAAGGACUUUGAAGGCGGGGUACUUGCCGAGAACUUGGGGUCACAAUAUGGAGGUUAUGGUUCAUUCUUGCCUACAUACCAGCGUUCCCCUUCUGGUGUAUCUCAAUCUAGAAGCCCUGCAGUUCCACCAAACCGUGGCAGUGCCUCUAGAUCACCUUAUAUUCCAGUGGAGAGUGCAGAGAAGAGUCAUUUUUUCAAGACUGCAUUAGAUAGCAGGAGAAAAGAUGAUUGCUGUCAAGGAACAUCAAGUGGGACCAAUGGUACUGGUCAUCAACAGAAGUUGAACACAACAACCAAAGGUCCUGAGCAAAAGGCACCAAAAAUAUGUAUCAAGGUGAACACAAAUAGAAGUUUGGCAAGAAAUACUGCUGCUAUCUACAGUGGCCUGGGUCUCGACAUUUCCCCUUCAUCAUCUAUGGAUGACAGCCUUGAUGGGAGCACUGGGGCUCCUGAGCCAGAAAAUUUACGUAAUGAAUCUCCGAAUACCAUUUUCCAGAUAAUGACCUGCCAUCCUAUUCCUGGAGGAGUCUUGCUCUCUCCCCUUGCGGAAAAUAUUCUAGAACUGAGAAAAAGGCCAAAAUCUGUAACGAAUAAACAUGAAGCACCUGCAUUAGUUGAUGACAAAGCAGAAUUCAACAGAGACUGGUGUCAUGUGACUUCUGUUGCACGAGGUAACAAGGAUCAGAUGGUGAAUACGUAUAAGUAUGAUGAAAAGAAAGAUCAUGUUCCGAAUGUGAAGAGUUCAAAGCGCAGACAUAACAAUUCAAUGAUUAUGAAUAAGAUGACUAUGCCUGAGUUACUGGAUAUUUUAGAUGAUACAGACUCAGUUCUCGUGCCUAGAAGCAUAAAGACAGAACAAGCUUCAGUUGAGGAAUCAACAAAGUUGGUGGCUGAUAUUUCUAAUAAUCACCUAAAGGAAAUAAAGAAUGAUCCUUUGAAGAGACGAAUUAGGAACAAGAGUUCUGUGGGAGAUAUUGAGUCAAUUGUCGAUGUCGGAGCUGUUAAUCUAGCAGAUGAUGGUAAUCAUCCAAAGGGUAAGGCAAAUUCAAAGGCAAGCACAGUGAGAAAUGCCUUUAAAGAUUUGAGCAAGGACAGUAAGACAGAGCCUACACUUCAUGAAGGAUUUAUUAGUAAAAUCAAAUACGAUUCUGAUGGAUACAGUGAUCGACCUUCUACCACUUCAAGUCAACCACAAAAUGUUUCUCGUAACAAUCCAUCAGUGGGCAGAGACAAAGGAAAAGUGGUACAUGUAAAAGAUGAACUUUCUCUGUACAGAAGAAAAGGAAUGGAGAGUUCAGUUAAUGCAGAAUCCAUGGAUACCAUCCCAGAAAGUGUAGGUGGAAAUCCUUCUGGGAUGCCGAAAAGGAAAAAAAAGAUUUCUUCUUUGCAAACUGCUCCAUCUGGGAAGAAGCUCAAGGUGAAGGCACAGAAACAAUUGAGCAAUGUCACUAUGAAAUCUUAUGGUGAAGAUAUGAGUGUGAAGCCAAAGGAGACUGUUUCGCCUGGAGAAACUGACAACGGCAGGUUGGGUGAUGGAAAUGAUGAUGACCACAAUAUCUCUCCCUUGAAUUUUGACAGAUCAACUCCUGUACCAUCAGCAUGCGUGAAUGAGGCUACAAAAUCAUCCAUGUCAGUGCCUGCUGCGGAACCUGUUGUAAUAAAUGAACGGUGGGCGUGCUGUGAUAAGUGUGAUAAGUGGCGCCUUUUACCCUAUGGAAUGAAUCCAGACAUACUUCCCAAAAAGUGGCGGUGUAGCAUGCAGAGUUGGCUGCCUGCAAUGAGUAGCUGCAAAAUAAGCGAGGAUGAGACCACAAAAGCCCUUCGUGCGCUUUAUAUGGUCCCUGCACCUGAAAAUGACAUUAGUUUAGAUGGUCGCCAUGAUAUUUCUACAUCAGGCAUAUGCACAGCUAUGGCUCCACUAUCUUCUGAGGGCGAUACAAAGUUCAUCACUACAUCAGGGACACCAAAAGUUGGAUCUAAUGUGAAUGUGCCAAGUAAAUUAAACAUGGCUGAGAUGUCAAAGCCUUCAAAGAAGCUACAUUCUCUUAUAAGUAGAAAUCCUGAUGUUGACUGCUUCCCUAAACAGAAGGAAAAACGGAAGCAUGUAGGAUCGUCCGAUAAAGGAGAAACUGUUGCAGAAGAUCUCACACGUCCAGAAUCAAAGAGCGGUAUAGGUGUUAAUCAUGGUAACCUUAGGGCAUCAAAGAAAAUAAAGAAGGAAUUUAAUGAGGCAGCCAAGAACUGUCCCUCUGAGUUUGAAAUAAGCAAAAGUAGCCCUUCGAUCAAGGAGACUCCAAUUUUUUUGCAUCAGGAUAGUGGUAUUUCACCUAGCCUGGGAAAAUAUGGCUCAUCUUCAUCAGUUAAGUGCAAUGACGAUAAAGUUAUCUCAGAUGAGGGCAUUAGAACUUCAGAUGCAGGACAAUCUGAUCUUCCGGACUCAUCCAGUAAGGUUAGGAAAUCAAAACAAAGGCAGUUAAGCAAGCCUGGUACUGAAACUGGGUCUAGCGAUGCCAGUGUGAAGCAUGUUGUGAAGGAAGCUAUAAGUGAAAGUAAUGGUGCCAAGGAAAAGCCCAUGCCAGAGCUGAAGUCUUUGAAGACGGAUGAUAGUAAAGUUGCCCAUGCCAGAGGCCCCAUUGUUGGGAGAGAUAGUGAUCGAAUGUAUGCUGAGAAAGAGUGUUUAAGUGAGCAACACCAAGAGAAUAUCCAUCUUCAGCAUUCAUUGCUCUCUGAAAGUGCCACGAGGAAGAGUAUGUGUUAUGCACAAGCGUCUACAGCUGCGACUUCCAGUUCAUCUAAGGUGUCUAGUUCCCACAAGAGUAAAGUUGAUUUUCAAGAAACAAGGGCAUCUCCUGUAGAGUCAGUUUCUUCUUCACCCUUGAGAGCUUCUGGUAAGAACAUUGUGGACCAAAAUAAGAGAUAUCCUCGUGCAGUUGCAGAAAAUGUGCCUUCUCAGGAGCCAGGAAGAAGUGUUUCUUCAUUUUCCACGGGAACACAAGAUCUUGGAUCUGGUUCUGAUCAUGCGAAGCUGCAUGGUUCUGGUUGCUUUAAUGGAGACCGGCAUCGUCAUGUUUUGAAGGGUGGGGAGCUGCAGAAGGUUAAACAAGACCUGUUAACGAAUGAAUGCUCAGAAAAUGAAGAUUCCGGACUUGGUGGAAGGAAUGGUCAACUGAAUUCUGUAAUAGCACGGAAGGUUAAUUCACAUGUCCUUUCAAUGCAUGGCAAUUGUGAUGAGAAACAGCCACCGGCCCGUGAACAUGGAAGAACACUGCCUCAUUUGAAUUCAAACCAAUGUGACCAUGCAAAGUUGACUUCCGGUAAACUUCCAGCACAGGUUAAGCCUGAUAAAGGGCAUGCAGAACAAAAGGACCUGAAAACAAAUCCAUCUGCUGUCAACGGAAGCAAGCAGCAGACAACAUUAAAUAAUACAGCAAAUGGCGAUGUCUCUUCCAAGGCAAAACAAUCAAAAAACACUGUUAUCGAAAAUACAAAGCAAGUAGCACUUAAUCGUGAUGCUUCAAAUCCAAUAAAUACAUCUGUCCUACUAAAGGAGGCUCGGGAUUUGAAGCACUGGUCUAAACGUUUAAAGGAAAAAGGGGAUGACCUUGAGAGCGCAAGCAUCUGCUUCGAGGCUUGUCUGAAAUUUCUCCAUGUUGCAUCUCUUUUGGAGGGUCCAAGUAUUGAUAGGUCCAAAGAAGGGGAUUCUAUACAAGCCAUGAGACUAUAUUCUGAAACAGGGAACCUUUGUGGAUUUUGUGCCCGUGAAUUUGAGCGGCUGAAGAAAAUGGCAAAUGCUGCUUUGGCCUAUAAAUGUGUAGAAGUGGCAUAUAUGAAGGCAGCCUUCUAUAAACAUCCUGGUGCAAUUAAAGAUAAACAUGCACUGCAAGCAACAUCUUUGAUGGUUCCUCCAGCCGAGUCACCAUCAUCUUCUGCUUCAGACGUUGACAAUUUAAAUUACCAGAGUACAGCUGCUAAGGCUGUUUCUGCAAGAGCUUUGUACUCUCCUCAGAUUGCUGGCAAUCCCAUACCUCGGAACAAUCACCACUUGAUGGGGUUGCUUGCUUAUGCAGAUGACAUAAAUUAUGCAUUUGAUGGAACCAGAAAAUCCCAAAGUUCAUUUGCUGCUUAUGUUGCUGAUAUUGGAAAGGUUCAGGUUGAUGGCAUUGCUCUUGUAAGGGAAGUCCUUGAAUUCAGCUUUCACAAUGUCAAGAGGCUGCUGCAACUGAUUCGUCAGUCAUUGGAAUCUAUCAACCAUGAAUGUGUUAAAUAACAGAACAAACAUUCCUCCUGUGAAUAGAGAUUUAUGAGGGCAAGUUUCUUUGGCAUUUCUGUUACAAUGAUAUCUCCAAUAUGUGUGUAGGCGUGAACCAGACUUAAUCAUUACCAUGGUUGUCUCCUGGAAAUAUUCUUUGUGAAUGAUCAUUUUGACCUAUGCCAAAUGGGUUUUUAAACGAAGAGUUAGCCUGCAGAUGUAUAUUGCUACAUUCAAUAUUCUCAGUUCUCCGUAUCAAAGAUGUUGAAGUGAACUGUUGUACCGGGCAAAGGUUACAAUUGGAUGGUGUAAAUUUUAUUGUUAUUCUUACUUAGCGCCUACAGAAGCUUAGGUGAGGACUCAGGAGAAGAUUCAAAUUUCUCCGACCUUCUAUUACUGUUUCUUUAUGAAGUUUUGGAGAUGUACCGGGACAUGAAACCUCUAAUGAGCAAACUUAUAGAGGCUGGAUGAGGACGUCAGCAACCACCUGACUCUAAAUUAGUGUACAUAUGCGCCACCUUAAGCUAGUUGCUGCCCAUUUUUUCCUAUACCUGUGUACAUUGAUAUAGAAUAUCACCAAAAAGGGGAAAACAAAGGAAUAAUUUUUUGAUAUGAUUUAUGCGGAUGUCUGGGUUCUUUGACUGCCAAAAUUCAUUCUUUGGUGCUACGACUAUUCUGUUGUUUAGGUGCCAUGUAACCAUAUGUUUUUUUACUGCUGCAAGCACAUUUUUAGGCUAACCUGACAACGAAUGAUGAUGGCGGAGUGUGUGCCAAUCUGAGUGUUGUUUGGGGUCCUGCUUCAGCGAUGCCUAUAUAUGUAUGAUGUAUGACUUAUGUAAAUUUUCGUGCAUUUAUUAUUAUUAUCAAUAAAGAAAGGAAGAAAGGCUAUGCAUUUCA